AUGAAACCAUUUGUAGCGGCAACGUCGUCAUCGAUACCACGGGCACAAGUUCCUAUAUUAGCGCAGGUCCCUGUACUUGAGAAUUACAAGAGUUAUAAUCGAGAUCUAAUAUUCAAGAUGAAAUGGACUUGUGAACUGUGCGGCAAAAAGCUUUCAUCGAAGCGUUCUUACGAUGAGCAUUUCAAUGUACAUACCAAUUUGCGGCCAUUCGCUUGCAAACAUUGCGGAUAUGCUGCCGCUAGCCAGAUGACUUUGAGACGCCAUACUUUGCGGAAUCACAUUCCACGUCAAGCUUGGGGCUACCAAUGCCCAUACUGCAACGAAAUGUACAUGGAACCCGCAAGCUAUCAACAACACAUUGGAUCGUACCAUUUUGGGCUUUCAGCGACGUUUGGUUGUCCACUGCCGAGAUGUAUGUUUACAACUUGUUCGUCGGCUUUUUUUCGCGACCAUCUAGAAAAACAUACUAAUUUAUCAUCGGAGAUCCACGAAGAGGCCAAUUAUAGACUGUUCAGAUUCGCUGUGGAUGAUAGAUUUGGUGUUGGUUAUGGUCGGAGAUCGAUUGAUAUUCGGCGAGUGGAGGUUUUGAAAGGAUUAGAAUCGUUAAAGAAUGAUAAGGAAUACAUGAAAACUCCGCUCAGAAUGCAAGAGGUUGUUUUCUGCAUCAAUUUUUUUUUGCCAUUUGAACUGUACAAGUCAGAAAAAGUGGUGAGGAAAAAAAAAAGUGAAAUAAAAUUGCCUGAUGCGAUCAAAGGAUCUCAUUCUAAUUUCUUAUUUGAACCAGGAGAACUUGAUUUUCUGAAUGAUAAUAUUAGUAUUCCUGAAGCUGUCGUCAGCAGUUUUGUCGAUUGCCUUCAAGAGGGCAUGGUUGAACCGGAACUUGAUUAA